AUGGAGGGAAGGGAGGGGCAGAGGAGGGAGAGAGGGCAGAAGGGAGGGAGACAGAGUACGGAGGGAGGUAGAGAGGGGGCAGCGGGCAGAGGGUCAUGCGGACGGAGGGAAAGGAGGGCAGAGGAGGGAAGAGGCAGCGGAUGGGAGAGAGGGCAGCGGAAGGGAGAGAGGGCAGAGGAGGGAGAGGGAGGACGAGAGGAGGGAGAGAGGGCAGAGGAGGGAGAGAGGCAGCGUAGAACAGCGCUUUACAGAGCCCGGCUUUUCCGGAGUCAGCGCCAGGGCCUCUUUAACGCCUGUUCUACAACCGGCUGCCCUCCUCUCCCGCCUCUGCCCUCUCCCCUCCUCUGUCCUCCUCUCGCCCUCCUCUGCCUCUCUCCCUCCGCUGCCUCUCAGUCCCUCCGCUGCCCUCCACCCUCUCUGGCCCUCCCUCCCUCCGCUGCCCUCCCCUCCGCAGCCCUCUCCCGCUCUCCCUCCCUCCUUCCUCUGUCCUCCCUCCCUCCUCUGGCCCUCUCUCCCUCCUCUGCCCUCCCUCCCUCCCUCCCUCCUCUGCCCACGGCUCCUCCCUGCCCUCCCUCUCUGGCCCUCUCUCCCUCCUCUCCCUCCUCCCGUCCUCUGCCCUCUCUCCCUCUCUUCGCACCAUCAGCCCCUGAUACAAGAGACUUUUUCCUCCCCCGUCCGCUGAGGAGGAGGAGGAGGAGGAGGAGGAGGAGCAGUGAUACAGGUGUGAGCAGAGGAAGCAGACCCUGUUGUGUGGCCGAGGAGGAGGAGGAGGAGGAGGAGGAGGACAGUGAUACAGGUGUGAGCAAGAGGCAGACCCCAUGUGUUGAGCAAGAGAGAUGUGUGGAGAUGGAGGUGUAA